UUCCUUUUUUGUUUUGUUUUUUUUUUUCUGGAUUUAUUUUCUUUUCUUGUUUGAAGUUCCUUCCUUUUAGAUCUAAGACCAGCACAGAUUCCUGAAAUCACAGUUAGUUUGACUCACCCUCGACCCUAGAACUAGUUGCGUCAGAAGGGUAUCACUCAAAGCUCAACUUUGCCAUAGUUCUACCUUUUUAAUGCCCCACUUGUUUGGAAAGUUGGAACAAUCAUGCCGCUUCAUUCUGCUUCGCUGUCAUUUGGGUAACUCAACUUGUUCCAAACUUCCAGUGUCAAUUGUUAAGUUGCUAAAAAUGCUAUCUUGAGCAAGACACCUUGAUAUUUGCUUUAUUUCGCACCUUUGGCUCUGUAACAUGAUCAUCUGGAAGCUCUUGGCAAAUGCCAAUAGGUCAUGACAAUUGUUGUUUUUGACUUUGAAAGACAAGAAGUUUAUGAUUGUUUUGGAAUUUGGAUACGUUCCUGCCAUAACUGUAUUCACAGUGCUCAUUUGGGGAUACUAAACAUUGGUUUGGGUUUCUGUUAAUGGCAUCUGUUAGAAGAACCUUGUCUCCCGUGCCUAGAGCUGGAACUGUAGCAAAUGGAGAAGUGUGUUCAGUAGCUUCUCCCUUGUCGAAGUCCUCAUCGAGUCCUCAGAACUUCUCACCAUCGGUUGGAUUGGACUACCGUGCACUUGUGUUUGGUGUUUUCUCCCCAAGGUCUUUCAGGGCUUUGGAGAGAUCAAAGCCACGGGGGCAGCUUUGGAGGAAGAUGCUUUUUCAUUUUUUCAUUUGCUUCGUGGUUGGUGUUUCUAUUGGACUCAUCCCACUUGCAUCGACACACAUGUCCGCAAAUCUCAUGCCAAAACAACAAGCCUUCUCCUUUGAGGUGAUAUCUGCAGUGGCAAAUUUCCAGCCAUUUGAAAAUGUAAAUUUAAAUGUGACCCCAUCAAUCAACGAGGCUGUGAAUUUUAAUGCUACUUUGUAUUCAACUGUGAAAGAACAGGAACUAAUAGAUGGAGUGGCAUAUAAUGUCUCCAACAGCCAAAUCAGUGAAAAUCCAUAUUUGGAGUCUCAGAAGCUUCUCAUAAUUGUAACCCCAACACACAAUCAUCUAUUUCAAGCAUAUUAUUUGCAUCGCUUGUCGCAGACAUUAAAAUUGGUCCCACCUCCCUUGUUGUGGAUUGUUGUUGAGAUGACUUCCCAAUCUGAAGAAACUGCUGACAUCUUAUGGAGUAGUGGGAUUAUGUACAGGCAUCUCAUUUGUAAAACAAAUCUAACCAACCCAAGCCAUAGGAGCAUUCUUCAAAGAAAUGUUGCAAUGGCACACAUUGAAACUCAUCGUCUUGAAGGAAUUGUUUACUUUGCAGAUGAUGAUAACAUCUACUCAGUGGAACUCUUUCAGCAAAUGAGAGAAAUAAGGCGAUUUGGAACAUGGACUGUAGCAAGAUUAUUAGGGGAUAAAAGUAGCAUUGUCUUGCAAGGGCCCAUUUGUAAUGGAAGUCAAGUAAUUGGAUGGCAUACAGAUGAAUCAAAUGGGAAAUCUAAAAGAUUUCAUGCUGAAAUGCCGGGUUUUGCCUUCAAUAGUACAAUACUCUGGGAUCCAAAGAGGUGGCACCGCCCCACUCUUGAACCUAUCAGACAACUUGAUUCGGUCAAGGAAAGUUUGUGGGUUAGCACAUUGAUUGAGCAGGUGGUUGAAGAUGAAAGUCAAAUGGAGGGCUUAAUGGACAACUGCUCGAGAGUUAUGGUCUGGCAUAUUGAUCUUGAAUCAUCUUAUUCGUUCUAUCCUCAGAAGUGGAUUGUAAAGAACAACCUAGAUGCCAUUGUUCAUCUUCCACUUGUGUGAAGUCCUCAGAUGAAGAAGUGGAGAGCAGUAAAUUGUCAUCCUAAUUUGCCUACUCAGAUACUCCAUUUAAGGUGACACACUGCCACUCCGGCACGUGAUGGCGUAGUUGUCAAUUGUGACAAAGUCCAUUAAUUAAUGGUUCAUUUUCUCCCCUCUUAACAAUUUGUACAUUAUAAUAGUUAUACAGUUUCUGAGUUGUGCCACUCCAAUAUGUGGCACGUUUUGGAUUUUGUAGAGUUUGUGGCAGGGCAGGGGCAGGAAUGUGUCAUUUGGCCCCUGGUACUACCCUUAUCUGUUGUUACAAUUAAGCAAUCUCUCUUCUGUAAAAUUAUGAGAGGAAUUUUGAAUGCCAAAAUAUUUAACAAUUUUCACUGCA